CUCUCUUGCCCCGGUCUUUCUUGUUCUCUUCUCUUUUGGCUUGUUCUCUCUUGCCCUAUUCUCUCGUUCCCAUUCUCUCUUGACACGACAUCUGCUGUCACGUUCUAUCUUCCCCCGUUCUCUCUUGUCUUGUUCUCUCUUGUCCCGUUCUUUUUCGUCGGUUUUUCUCCUGUUCUUUUUUUCCAUUCCUGUUCUUUUUUUUCCUCUGUUCUUUCUCUCCUCGUUCUUUCUUCAUCCCGGAGAGAAGAAAAGAACUCGAAGCUCCGUGCUGAGCAGUUGACGGCCAAACUCUCGUAUUUUUUGGUUGAAUCAACAACUCCUUCGCGGACUCGUGGCAGCGAAGACGCAUAAGAAAAAGACAAACUGAAUUACUGACGCACUAGAAAAAGAAAUUGUGUUAGUCCCUGGUCGUGCGGGGCGAAGGGUUCGGAAAGAAUCGUGUAUUUGAGAAGGCAAAGAAAAAAAGAUAACAAAAGAAAGUUAAAAAAAAAAAAAAGAUACUGAAUGUUCUUCCGGAGAUUCUGCGUAAAAGUGAGGUCAAACGAGAGAGAGGAAAAAUCCAGUGUUAACUAAAUGAUUGUUUCAAGAAGUUAGGUAAUAUGUGAUAAAACAAACACCGAAUGAAGCUCGCCCAAAGUUAAAAUCCAAUGACUUUUGCAGUGCAUUAAAUCGUCGAUGUAGUAAAGAUCUUAUGAAUGAACUGCACUCAAUACGCCUUCCCAAAAAAAAGAGUUGAAAAUUGAAUCAAACCUUAAGGAAAUACGACCAACAAGACAUACUAAUCUGAAGAAAAAAAGUUAACACGAAACAAGUGAGAAAAACCGAACCAUCGCAGCGAACAGACGCAAGUCAUUAAGAUUUUCCAUUAGGAACUUUCGGAACUGUGUCGACAAACUCCUCGAUGCAAAUGACCGAUGGAGCGAGAGGAGAGAGAGAUUGAAACAGAGACCCAGCUGACUCGACUCAACCGACCCAACCAGAUCCCACCGACGCCCAGAAAAUCACGGAACCCAAGACGUUAAAUGAAGAGACACGUAAAUGAGAAAGCUAAAAGAAGCUCACCUGUAAAGCCAAAGCUCACGCAGCCGACCAGACGUAACGUGAGACUUUAGAGCCAGGGUAAGGACGCAAAGAAGAAUGAACUAAAAAGCUCACUUCCAAAGACGAGAAUUCAUAGAUCCUAAGAAGACACAAGGCUCUGGAGAAGGCUUCUGUACAAAGGGGCUGAAGGGGAAGCUCCGUCGGACAGAAGAGGCUCGCAAGUGGCUCGUCAAUUACCGGAAUAGAUCUCAGGUUCUCCAGAAAGGCCGGUUCGGAUGAGAAGUCUGUCCGGAAGAUAAGAUCCAAACAGAGAAAAAUGUGAACAAAAAAAACUUUACAGGAAUUUGGUGUGAAAAAGACAAAGAUAUAAAAAGUGUUAUAGGCAAUAGAAAGAAAUGUUAGCCAAACGACAAGAAAAUUGAAAUUUCUAGAAUAAAUAACUGCACGUUCUGUUGUGACUUUAUCUGCAAAGAUUAAUGAAACCAGAGAAGAAAAAAAAUCACUGAAAAAAAAUAGAAAGAACAAAAAGUCAAAUUCAAUAGAUAAAAAAUAAAUGAAAGAAAACUCAGUGAAUGGGAAACACGAAGAGAACUAAACCAAGGAACGAUUACAACUCACAAGUAAUAAACACAGAGGGAGAGAUAAAUAAAUAAAAAAACAACAACUGAAAAGUGAUAUGAUAGGCAAGAGUAAAAAAUCCUCUCUCUUACCCACGGUGUGAAGUCCAACUUUAGGCUAAAAUAAAGGAAAAUAGAGAGAGAAAAAAAUGAUAUAUAUCAUGGAAGGUCGGAGUUCGCAACUUAAAAAGAUUGUCUUCACGAUCUUUACCGCUUGCGCGUUGACCCCUGCUGGCGCUGGCACUGGACUCUACAUGGGCCCCUACUUCCCCUCGCCGCAGCCCCGGAACAUCACGGUGCAUCAAGACACUGUGGCGUAUCUGCCGUGCACCGUCAGUCAGCUGGGAGAUAAGUCGGUCUCGUGGGUGAGGCAAAGGGACGCCGACAUACUUACAGUGGACCGCUACACCUUCGUCCGAGAUGAUCGCCUGACCGUCCACUUCACGCCGGACACAGGCACGUGGACACUCGUUAUCAAAUACGUGCAGGAGAGGGACGCAGGGACGUACGAGUGCCAGAUCUCCACCGAGCCGAAGAUGUCCAUGCUGGUUCAUCUCAACGUUAUCGUACCGCAGGUGGAGAUCACAGGCGCCGUGGACAAGUACGUGCGCCGCGGUUCGACUGCGCGUCUGGAGUGCAAGGUCAGCUCAACCGUGCAGCUUCCCGACUACAUCUUCUGGUACCACUCGGGGUCACGUCUUCUCGAGUACGACCAUCCCCGCGUCAAGAUCACAGUGGCCCGGCGAGGAGGCCAAGGCAGCGAGAUGAGCAUCACCUCGACACUCGUACUGACUGAUGCUCGACCCUCGGAUGCUGGGAAUUAUACUUGCCUUCCAUCGAACCUGCACAACGCUACCACUGUUCUCCACGUGUUGAAUGACGAGCACCCGGCGGCGAUGCAGACCGGCGCCGCCAUGCUGACGGAUCCGCCCAACAUCUGGGGCAUCCUGCUGGUAGUUGCCCUAGCGCUGCUCUUCGUGCAGGCCCACCCGCACCUCGCCCACACCAACCUGCCCCCGCCCGCCCUGCACCUUCACGAGGCCUCAGAGGGCGCUGCAGAAGGGCCGGACAGGACCGCGUCUUCAGGACAGACUUUGCUGGACACCGAAGCUCGCCUGCGUUUUGGCGACAUUUUGUCGAAGCCGCAAAAUGCCCCCAGUUUCGCGCGGCUGCAGUUUCACGGCUUCGAGGACGGGGUUGACAUGCAGACUCAUGAGGACCAGGGUCAUGAGUCGGGACAGCGCCAGAUCUCCGUCGCCCGCAAUGCUGCCCUUGCUCCUCGUCGCGCCCUCGAGAAGGUCCGCCACCAUUCCCGCAGCAGCCGAACCGAAGGUCUCCGUCGCCGCAACCCGCACGCGUUAAAGGGAGGAGGAGCUCACGCGACGUCAACAUGCCAAACGUUAGGAAAACGUUCCCUGGCGAGCAUGGCUGACGUCCGCGGGGCCUCUUUGAGUCCUUCUGGCAACGAGUCCUCUGCCGCCCUGGCCAGUCCCCGGGUUCUGCUGGCGCUGCGCACGGUCACCUCGCCGACACUGAAGCUCGUUCGCUGAACUACAUUCCCUCCAGAUGGUAAAACUCCAUAUAAUCAGUUGGUGUCUUUUGUAUGUUUGCUCACAAGAAAAUUGGUAUCGCCUGACUUUAUAAGCUUCCACUAAAAUAAUGCUUCUUUUACUGUACAGAACAUAUAUAGACUUUAUAUUGUACCUUUACGUGUGUGUGUGUAAAUAAAUGUUGUCAACAUCACCUUCUGACAAAGUGGCAAUGUUCGAAGAACUGAGACUCGCUGAACUUUCAGUGCUAGCGUUAUAAAGGACAGCUAAAAGUCACAAGAACAGAGUUUAUGAUAAGAAGGUGGAAGUUGUUGCACCUGCAAUUUGUAGUUUGAUACUCUCCACGUUCCCGUUGCACUUCCCCUGCUCUGAUGAUACGGCAGAGGGUGCUACGUGGAAACGCAGACAGUGUAGCACAAAGUUACGACAGUGGUAUCAAGUUCCCAAGAUACACAAACUGACCAAUUUAUCUUAUGUACCAUAAACUUGCUCACAAACAUGAUAAUCUCGUAUCUCUGUGUUCUUGAUGUUGUUUUUGUUACGGUAGAUCUAUGAUUUGAUUGUUACCAUAUGGGUUACAAUUUCCUCGAUAGAUGUUAAGUUGCUUAUGAUUGUGAUUUUUCUCCAGCCCGCCAUUACCAGCCCCCGUUCUGUCCUCCUGGCCAUCUUAGCUAAUGAUGUGCAGGUUGUGGUGUUCUUCUUUAGGUACGUUAGUCCUAGGGUCCGAAAGACACUUUCAGUUCAAUUGUUCCUUGCUCCUGAAACCGAAUAAUGGCUGUACCACUGGCUUUGCAUAUGAGACAUUGAAUUUAUUUAUUUAUUCUUUCUUUUUCCUGAACUGAUUUUGAAUUCAACCUACUUUAUUAAAGAAGAGGUCAUGGUAACAGGAAGAGCAAGGGGCAUUCAAAUGUGAACUCAAAAAAAAAAAGUUCUGAAAACUGAGUUAUACAUUCUUUGGUUUAUUUCACAGCAGCAUUUACAGCUUUGUUUGUUUUUAGACUUAAGUUUGUGAUAUGUUCCAAGGAUAAGACAUGAUAUUUUAUAGACAAAUGGAUGAGGUGAAAGGAAAAUCACGUUUCUGGAAGAGAGGUCGGCUUGUUAAUUCAAACAACGACCCCAUUAGUUCAUGCAGCUGGAUAAUACAUCAAUGUAAUAUGUGUAUACAGAUGUACGAAUGAAAGAUGAUGUC